CCAACCAUGAAUACACGCCACUGCUGACUCAUGGCAGAAAACGUCCCUCCCUUUUUUCCCUCCAAUCACAAAAAAACAUACAUGUAUUUAUGCCCUCUCACGGCUCUCACACACUCAUUCUCUGUUUCAUACCACACCAAAAGGACUUAACGGUUUGAAAAGGAAGGACCUUGAUUUGACGCUCCAGCUGUCGUUUGUCCAGUCGUUUCCUGAACUUGACGUGGCUUUGGAACGACUUUGCGAAACACAGGGAAAGAGAGUUUGAGGAAACUGUCCUGUGAAAGAGGACAAGGAUAUCGGACACCUUCCGUGUCAGUACUCGAAAUGGGUUGGUCUUGGGUUCUAGCCUGCUCGUGUGUAUUAGUGCUGGGGUGCGCGUCCGCGGCAUCUGAAGGUUUGUAGCCUACAAGGUUGUUGAUUUGCAUGUAAUCAUCUGUUCUUGCUAUCCUUGUUUUAUGUCCUGGUAUGUGUUUAUGGCUCCCCUUCUGUUCGUGCAUGUUCUGUUAGAAGUGAAGAAAAACAUUAUUUGUUUGACGUGAUACAUUCCAUUAAUCCAGUUUAGUGUGGAACAACUUUGUCCAAGUCUACUAACAGUAUAACUAUUAUUCUAGGCGGAACAAACAUCAAGACUAGGGAAUUCACACCAUGUUAAUUAAAGGUGCAAUAUGCAGAAGUCGUUCGGCAAUUUCCUGGUUGCUAAAAUUCUAAUAGCCUAAUUUCAGUUUGUGACAAAACAAGCAAUGUAUGUAUAGUGUACUGUAGAUAAUCAUUGGACCAUCGAAACCGCUAUGAAAUACCUUUUCAAUAACCAAAAAUAUUUGUAUUUUCAGCUGUUUGAAGCUGGUAUACAAAACCAGAAGCAAAAAUGUAACUUAAGAAAUAGGAAUCAUAGAAAUAGCGCACAUACAACAGAUCUUCCGCUUCUUAGACUUGCUUUCAAUGAGAAUAACAGAUCUAUAAGUCACAUUUCUAUGUGAAUUGGGUCACCCAAAAAGUUACAUAUUACCUUUAUGUGUUCUGAUUUCAUGAUUUCCAAAAAUCUAGGUGGUAGACAACAGUACUGACAUCACAUGGUCAGAGUUUGAUGGCUUAUGUAACCAGUGUGUGUGUGCGCCUAUCUCUGUUUUUAUGUCUGUUUACAUUCUCUCAUCCCUUCCACAGAUAAGCCUGACAUGUUACAGAGAGAGGCCACCUUUGACCUAGAGGAGCUCCUGCAAGGUUAGUGUGACAUGUACUGUAUAUAUACGUGUGUUUGUGUUUGUGUGUGUUUCAAUGCGGUCAAAGUGCUGUGUGUAUAUCUGUCUUCCAGGGGCGAGUCAGCUGGAGACUGAUAUGACCCAGAGGGAGGUGGAGUUUGGGGGACCCCAGGAACCCAAAGGUGAUUGUAUUAUAACCAUAACUAACUAACCCAUAGCUGAGUGUGUAUUGUUCUAACCAUGACUAACUGAAACCCAUAGGUGAGUGUGUUCUAACUGUAAUCCAUAGGUGUGUGUUCUAACCAUUACUAACUGUAACCCAUAGGUGAGUGUGUUCUAACUGUAAUCCAUAGGUGUGUGUUCUAACUGUAACCCAUAGGUGAGUGUGUUCUGACCAUAACUAACUGUAACCCAUAGGUGAGUGUGUUUUAACCAUAACUAACUGUAACCCAUAGGUGAGUUUGUUCAAACUGUAACCCAUAGGUGUGUGUUCUAACUGUAACCCAUAGGUGAGUGUGUUUUAACCAUAAAUACCUGUAACCCAUAGGUGAGUGUGUUUUAACCAUAAAUACCUGUAACCCAUAGGUGAGUGUGUUUUAACCAUAACUAACUGUAACCCAUAGGUGAGUUUGUUCAAACUGUAACCCAUAGGUGAGUGUGUUCAAACUGUAACCCAUAGGUGAGUGUGUUCAAACUGUAACCCAUAGGUGAGUGUGUUCAAACUCUAACCCAUAGGUGAGUGUGUUCUAACUGUAACUCAUAGGUGAGUGUGUUUUGUUCUAUCCAGCCCAUUCACGGAUCUAUCAGUGUUAAUGAAAGAAAGGAGAGGAGAGCAGGAAAGUAUUCCAAAGUAUUUGGGACACAUCCUCUCCUAUGUCCAUGUGUGCCAUACCAUUCUGCCAUGUAAUUAAUACAGUGUAGGCACAUGACAUGUUAUCAGUGUAUGGCUGUCAGUGCUAACCCCUGUCUGUCACUGUGUAGAGUUUCCUGGCAUUCUGCAGAGAGAGGUCCAUCUGACGCCUCACCUGCUCAAAGUCCUCAUGGAGAGAGGUGGGUGGUGAUGCCGUCCCUGCUGGUAUACUUAAUAUCACACAGCCAAUGGAGUAUGGCAUGUGUGUGUUGUAUCCUGUGUGAGGAGGUACAGUAACAGAAGUGUGUGUGUGUGUUCAUAGCUGACUUAGACAUGACCCAGAGGGAGGUCACCCUGCACCUGGACACAGACUUUAUACCGGGAGAUCGGCCAAUGGCUGGGCCUCGCUCGUUUGGGGAUUCCCGCCCCAGUGUCCUCUUCCCCCCCGGCCAGCCCUCCCCUAAUAACCUUCAGGCCAUCUGUCUCCAUAGCAGCCGUCGUCCCCGGUACCCUAUCCACUCCCUCCCCCAGAACGGCUUCGGCUACCUUCGUCGUCAAGGUGAUGCCGUCAACCGGGUAGAGUCCUGGUACAGCGCAUGUUGCCAUGGGAACGGGACACAGCAGGUCCAGGAAGUGACGCUGUGCUGCGUUACACAGGCGGUGAGUGAUUCUGUGGCAACGUUGGAUUCUAUCCUGUCACAUUCUGUCCUGUUGUGUUCUGUUUUGGUCCGUUCAUUCCUAGUGUACCAACAGAACUUCCUUUUACGUGCACAGAUGCAGUAGUGAUAAGGACAGAGGAUGCCUAGGGAAGAUGAGACUCAGGAGAAGGAAAGCUCAGACAGACACAACAGAUCAGCCUUGGCUUCUAUCUGUGUAGCUGUGUAGAGGGGAAGGCCUUUAUGAGUCAGGCCCUUGAAGGCUAAAUCUGUACCUUCACCAUUUUAGGCCUUCCUUUAUCUCUAUUUUUCAUGUGUGAAUUUAUGUGUUUGUGUAUGUUGCCUACAGUGGGAGCAGACCCUGUCCACAUUCUGUGCUGAUGAGUUCUCAGUGAAGACAAGCCACUACCACUGCUGCAAGAAAGAGGGCGGGGCCAGACUGCGCUGUUUCCAUAGCCAAACCCCAAACCCCAACUACCUGCCGACCACCCAGGGGGCAGGCUCCUCCCCCAUACCUGAACCUGGCUUCACCUUUAACCCCAAAACAUGUCACAAGUAAGGAGAGAGAGAGAGGUUUACUUUAGGUUUAGGGCUGUUAUGGUAGCGGUAUUACCGCCACACUGGCGGUCACGAGUCAUGACUGCAGUCAAAUUCCACGUGACCAUUUAGUCACGGUAACUAGGCUUCUCUAAAACUGCGCUCUGAUGGUGCUGAUGGUCAUUAAUAGCCUAACUGCCUGUUGCUAAUGGGCUGGUACUCAGCACUCUAUUUCCCCUCUAAUCACUCUGACAUCAACGCAAAUCUAAUCGAAAAUCUAAUCAAACACUUCAUGAGUGGCCAUGAGCUCAUGUUGCGCAACAUUCCUAUAGGCUAUGCAAUUGCGUGAGAAAACAAGUUUUGAUGGCCUCUAUUAAAAAGUGGAGGAUCCCAUCAACUUUCUAUAGGCUAGGCCUACUAUAUUUAUUUCUCAACUUUCCUAAUAUUAAGCACAUUGCUUCGCUUUACAUCAGGAGUAUAGCCUACCUGGCUGGCAUGAAAAUGAACCAUGGGAAAAGCGUCCUCCAUUCGCUAUUUAAGUGCAUAGAUGACAUGUAUUUUCCCUAUUCCGAUAGGUGCAUGAUAAUAGUCCAUUCUAAAUCAAAACUAAUUUCACACAUAUAUUAUUUAGUAUCUCUAAAGACAAGAUUAAAAUAGUCUGAUGGGUGACAAUAUUAUCACUUGUUAAUGAUGCCCAGCAUGUGCAGUAAGGCAAGAAACAGUGCAUGCCUUUUUUUGUGUAACUUCAAAUCAUAGAGGCACACGUCAUGUAGCCUAGCCCAUAGGCCUAUAUGUUUUGAUAAGGUUUGUAUUAUAACUAACGUGGUAAAAGAACUCCAAACACAGCCUACAGGCCUAGAACCCCUGGAACGGUAAGAGCACCUACAGCGCGUAGUGAAACGUGUGUUCUUAUAAACCCAGUCAUUGUGCAGUUGCGUGUGAAAACAGAGUUUUGACUGGCCACUAUUUAAAAGAGGAUCCCAGCUUUCUUGUGCUGCUAUAUUUCUGGCUCAAUUCUUAAUUAAGAACAGUGAUCCGCUUUACAACCGUUGUAGCCUAACUGGCAUACAUAGGCAGUGCGUGAUGUUCAAGUUUGGGGAAGAUAAUUUUCACCAUAAAAAUGUACCUUUAUAAUAAAGCAUUACAUUCUUAUGUAAGAUAGCCUACUAUUGGAAAUGUGAUGAGUAGAUUGGAUAGUCAUAAUUUAGGCUAAUAAUAUAACUCAAUCAUUGUUUGCAAAAAAAUACUGUUCAAUGCAUGGCUAAGCGUGUAUAGCGUAGAGUAUGCCUAGGCUAGAUCAGAUAGGCCUACGUUUCUUCUUUCUUUGAAUGGGAAAAAUGUGACCUUUUUUAUAAACACAUUUCAUGCAGUUCUACUACACUUUAUAUAUGACUGGAGACAUUAGCAGAAUCUUUUUUUUAAUAGGACAAAUGAAAGGGUAGCCUAUUCUGUUGACCGUGACAAAAAUAUCAAAUAGAAACGAUAUUGUCCAUAUAAUAGGCCUACAAGAAGGGGAGACACAAAUAGAAUAUGAUGUCCAUCUAAACGGGAGGAGGAAAUUAUUGUCCAAAAACAAACUUUUAAUGCACAGUGCGCACUCACCGGGGAUAUUGCUGAUGCUCCCGGCUGGUGCCAAUAAGAUAGGCUAUACUGUUGUUCGCUCAAUUAAAUUUAGAAUUUUGAUAACUAAAAGACAGAUUAUUCCUUUCAUUGUCUUUUCUUUACAGCAAUAACCAUUUGCUUUCCAAACUGUUUUCCCGCAAUUGUAUUUUGAAAUAUUGCGAUAUGCCUGGCUUGGCCUCUACUUUUCACAGAUACAGUACCAGUCAAAAGUUUAGACACAACUACUCAUUCAAGGGUUUUUCUUUAUUUUUACUAUUUUCUACAUUGUAGAAUAAUAGUGAAGAGAUCAAAACUAUGAAAUAACACAUACGGAAUCAUGUAGUAACAAAAUAAGUGUUAAACAAUUCAAAAUAUAUUUAAAUUUGAGAUUCCUCAAAGUAGCCACCCUUUUCCUUGACGGCUUUGCACACUCUUGGAAUUCUCUCAACCAGCUUCAUGAGGUAGUCACCUGGAAUUCAUUUCAAUUAACAGGUGUGCCUUGUUAAAAGUUAAUUUAUGGAAUUUCUUUCCUUAAUGCGUUUGAGCCAAUCAGUUGUGUUGUGACAAGGUAGGGGUGGUAUACAGAAGAUAGCCCUAUUUGGUAAAAGACCAAGUCCAUAUCAUGGCAAGAACAGCUCAAAUAAGCAAAGAGAAACGACAGUCCAUCAUUACUGUAAGACAUGAAGGUCAGUCAAUCUGGAAAAUUUCAAGAACUUUGAAAGUUUCUUCAAGUGCAGUCGCAAAAACCAUCAAGCACUAUGAUGAAACUGGCUCUCAUGAGGACCACCACAGGAAUGGAAGACCCAGAGUUACCUCUGCUGCAGAGGAUAAGUUAAUUAGAGUUACCAGCCUCAGAAAUUGCAGUCCAAAUAAAUGCUUCACAGAGAUCAACAUCAACUGUUCAGAGGAGACUGUGUGAAUCAGGCCUUCAUGGUCGAAUUGCUGCAAAGAAACCACUACUAAAGGACACCAAUAAGAAGAAGAAACACGAGCAACGGACAUUAGACCGGUGGAAAUCUGUCCUUUGGUCUAAUGAGUCCAAAUUUGGUUCCAACCGCCGUGUCUUUGUGAGACGCAGAGUAGGUGAACGGAUUAUCUCUGCAUGUGUGGUUCCCACCAUGAAGCAUCGAGGAGGAGGUGUGAUGAUGUGGGGGUGCUUUGCUGGUGACACUAUCAGUGAUUUAUUUAGAAUUCAAGGCACACGUAACCAGCAUGGCUACCACAGCAUUCUGCAGUGAUAUCCCAUCUGGUUUGAGCUUAGUGGGACUAUCAUUUGUUUUUCAACAGGACAAUGACCCAACACACCUCCAGGCUGUGUAAGGGCUAUUUGACCAAGAAGGAGAGUGAUGGAGUGCUGCAUCAGAUGACCUGGCCUCCACAAUCACCUGACCUUAACCCAAUUGAGAUGGUUUGGGAUGAGUUGGACCGCAGAGUGAAGGAAAAGCAGCCAACAAGUGCUCAGCAUAUGUGGGAACUCCUUCAAGACUGUGGAAAAGCAUUCCAGGUGAAGCUGGUUGAGAGAAUGCCAAGAGUGUGCAAAGCUGUCAUCAAGGCAAAGGGUGGCUAAUUUGAAGAAUCUCAAAUAUAAAAUAUAUUUUGAUUUGUUUAACACUUUUUUGGUUACUACAUGAUUCCAUAUGUGUUAUUUAAUAGUUUUUAUGUUUUCACUAUUAUUCUACAAUGUAGAAAAUAGUAAAAAUAAGAAACCCUUGAAUGAGUAGGUGUGUCCAAACUUUUGACAGGUACUGUAGACGCAACUCAACAAUAACCUGCCCAAAUUGCGCGCUGCCUUUCCUUCCGACUGUAGGCAAUGCUAUUUAAAACAAUCCACAACUAACUUUUUUUUCAGAAGCUAAAUCUCCUCUGUGGCCAAAUCAUGCUUGAGGAGCCUUUUUUGAAUGAUUUUAACAUAUUUCUGUAUAGACAGGAGUAGGCUAUAUAAUUUGGGCAAUUUAAUCCAAUUGACUUUAGGAAAAGCUUCCCCUAGCCUUAUGGAUGCGCUGCCUAUGCAUUUUAAAAACAUAACUGCACGUAACCGCCAUUCGUUAUUCGAGUGCAGGCUACGGAUGACAUUCAUUUUUUAUGUGGACCAUUCUAAUCAAAAGUAAUUUCACACAUAUAUUAGUAGGCUAUAUGUAAAGACCAGAUUAAAUUGAGAAUAGUCUGAUGGGUGAGAAUAUUAUCAAGUGCUUGUCAAAUUGUGAAUGAGAGACUGAUGAAGUGUGUGCAGCCUGCGCAAGAAACAGAGCAGAGCGCAUGCCUUUCAUGUGACUUUUUUCAAAUCAUCAUUAGUCGCAUCAUGCAGCCUGUAAUCAUGCAGAAUGUAUUAAACAUCAAAACAUAUAGCCUAACAUUUGUAUCACAACUAAAGUUGCAUAAACAACUAAUUAAGCAUACAGGAGGACCUGUUUCUUAGUUAACCGCUCAACUCAGAAUAGCUGCAUGUGCACAGUCCCUUGGAAAUCGUUUGAAGAAAAUAUCCUUUCUAUUUUAUUCAGCUAUGUUCAAUUGUAUUCUUCAUACUAUAAAAUAAUGCCACGGAAUUCUAUACAAAUCUUUUCUGCUAAAUGAACUAGUGUAGCCCACAGCCAUAUGGCAUAGCCAGAUCAGGGCCUAACAUGAGGACAACUCAGAGUAUGCUAUUCUGUUCUUCUGAAAUAGACUACAUUUUCUUCAUAUCAUGUUUCUUUAAACCUGUCUAAAAUAAAUAAUGGAUUUAUUGUGAUGGAUUUAUUAGACUUUUUUUUAUGUAGAUGUUCCAAAGGUCUGCAUCAGUGGCUUGUAGGGUAUGCGUGGAAGCCAGGAGAUGCUAAACGUGUUUAUGUACAGUUGAAGUCGGAAGUUUACAUACACUUAGGUUGGAGUCAUUAAAACUAGUUUUUCAACCACUCCACAAAUUUCUUGUUAUCAAACUAUCGUUUUGGCAAGUCGGUAAGGACAUCUACUUUGUGCAUGACACAAGUUAUUUUUUCCAACAAUUGUUUACAGACAGAUUAUUUCACUUAUAAUUUAAUGUAUCACAAUUCCAGUGGGUGAGAAGUUUACAUACACUAAGUUGACUGUGCCUUUAAACAGCUUGGAAAAUUCCAGAAAAUGAUGUCAUGGCUUUUGAAGCUUCUGAUAGGCUAAUUGACAUCAUUUGAGUCAAUUGGAUGUGAACCUGUGGAUGUAUUUCAAGGCCUACCUUCAAACUCAGUGCCUCUUGCUUGACAUCAUGGGAAAAUCAAAAGACAUCAGCCAAGACCUCAGAAAAAAAAUUGUAGACCUCCACAAGUCUGGUUCAUCCUUGGGAGCAAUUUCCAAACGCCUGAAGGUACCACGUUCAUCUGUACAAACAAUAGUACGCAAGUAUAAACACCAUGGGACCACACAGCUGUCAUACCGCUCAGGAAGGAGAUGCGUUCGGUCUCCUAGAGAUGAACGUACUUUGGUGCGAAAAGUGCAAAUCAAUCCCAGAACAACAGCAAAGGACCUUGUGAAGAUGCUGGAGGAAACAGGUACAAAAGUAUCUAUAUUCACAGUAAAACAAGUCCUAUAUCGACAUAACCUGAAAGGCCGCUCAGCAAGGAAGAAGCCACUGCUCCAAAACUGCCAUAAAAAACCCAGACUACGGUUUGCAACUGCACAUGGGGACAAAGAUUGUACCUUUAGGAGAAAUGUCUUCUGGUCUGAUGAAACAAAAAUAGAACUGUUUGGCCAUAAUGACCAUCGUUAUGUUUGGAGGAAAAAGGGGUAGGCUUGCAAGCCGAAGAACACCAUCCCAACCGUGAAGCACAGGGGUGGCAGCAUCAUGCUGUGGGGGUGCUUUGCUGCAGGAGGGACUGGUGCACUUCACAAAAUAGAUGGCAUCAUAAGGAAGGAAAAUUAUGUGGAUAUAUUGAAGCAACAUCUCAAGACAUCAGUCAGGAAGUUAAAACUUGGUCGCAAAUGGGUCUUCCAAAUGGACAAUGACCCCAAGCAUACUUCCAAAGUUGUGGCAAAAUGGCUUAAGGACAACAAAGUCAAGGUAUUGGAGUGGCCAUCACAAAGCCCUGACCUCAAUCCUAUAGAAAAUGUGUGGGCAGAACUGAAAAAGCGUGUGCGAGCAAGGAGGCCUACAAACCUGACUCAGUUACACCAGCUCUGUUGGGAGGAAUGGGCCAAAAUUCACCCAACCUAUUGUGGGAAGCUUGUGGAAGGCUACCCGAAACGUUUGACCCAAGUUAAACAAUUUUAAAGGCAAUGCUACCAAAUACUAAUUGAGUAUAUAUAAACUUCUGACCCACUGGGAAUGUGAUGAAAGAAAUAAAAGCUGAAAUAAAUAAUUAUCUCUACUAUUAUUCUGACAUUUCACAUUCUUAAAAUAAAGUGGUGAUCCUAACUGACCUAAGACAGUGAAUUUUUACUAGGAUUAAAUGUCAGGAAUUGUAAAAGACUGUUGAAAUGUAUUUGGCUAAGGUGUAUGUAAACUUCCGACUUCAACUGUAGGCCUAAUUAACUGUAAAUUACUGUGAGACUGGCAGUUAUUUGCAUGACAAUCACUGGCUGACAAAAUUUCAUGACCACAACAGCCCUAGUUUAGGGUUAGUGUUAGGUUCAAAUUGACCUUAUUUAUGGCAACUAAUGACUAAAUGUAUUGUGUCCUUUCCUCCCAGGUCCCAGCCCGGUCCGCGUGCUGUCAGAGGGAAUAAGUCCCUCCAAGCUACUCCCAGAGACUCUGACAUCAGCUUCCCCCCUGGACGCCCCACUUCCGACAACAUCGGAUUGGUCUGCUGCCUACACAACGACCGCCCCCUCUACACCACCAAGUGCCUGCCACGUACAGGCUAUGGCUGGCUGGCCCGUCAAUCAAAGACUGUGAACCGGCUGGAGAGAGGGUUCAAGCACUGCUGUAAGGGACAGAAGGAUGUGCUACCCUGUGCUGAGGGAAAGGUAAGAAGCAUGAUGUGUGUGUGAUAUGGCCUGCCUACCUGCACUUGUCAAUGUGGGAAAAAUAAGGAUCCCAUUCAUACCUACACUGAAGAAGGCUGCUAAACCAAAACAUCUGUAUAAUCUAUCCUCUAUACAGUGAAAAAUAAUACAAUGUUUUUUUUUUAGGUAUCUUUUUGUGUGCAUAUCUAUAAUUUUUUUUGCAGGCAUUAAGGUUCUCCCCUGGCAUUCAGAGUGCAGAACAAGUUUAGAUGUACAUUACGAGUGUUGAUCAAAUCAAGUGUUUACAUCUCUCCCCUCUCUCUUAGUGGCGUGAGGUGCUUGACAGGUUUUGUGGGGAAGAGCAGAAGGGGAGGCCUCACAACUCCUCCUGUUGUGAUGUGGGAGAGGGUGAGGAGAGGUACACCUGUUUCUCCUCCCGUGCCCCUCAUCCAGACUAUGACCGAGAGCUCCCCUCUGCCACACCACAGACCCACACCCUCGGACACAUCUGUGAAACAUACAAGAUCAUCAAGAAGAAGUAAGGGUGUUUGUUUAGGAUUAUUGUGUGUGAGUGUGUGCUUAAUUUGACCUUUUUCCUCCUCAGUCACGUUUAUGCUGCCCAGCCUGAUUGUUUAUCUUUAUGGGUGACAGAACCAGAGCUUUCAGAAACGUUUCACUGUAGUUAAUGGUGACUAGCUAGGGUUCCAUCCAAUUGGCGACAGAUUAAAAAUAUGCACAUUUUCCAACCAGUGGUGUGUUUCCACCUAACUGACUUGUUGCAGAUUUUUGUAGUGCACACUAAAUGCAUUUUUUCGCAUAAGAUUUCAUGUACCGAAUAAAAAUCUAAAGUUCAAUGUGUUUCCAUCCCAUUUCCAACUACUGAUAGUUUUGUCACAAAAACGGUUGCUGUAAAUAGCAAAUGUGCCCACUCUGGUCUUGGCACAUGCGCUCUAGCCAACAGCUAGCAGAUACAAUGCGGGUAGGCUAGUCUAGAUGAUGAGAUUAUUAUGGAGAACAGCGAGAAUAUUUUUAUUUUUCAAACGGCAGUCAAGCAUCGAUCAUCAUGUCACCAGAGUAAGACCCUCGAUAUUUAUUGGAAAGGAGCAUCAAGCAUCACCGUGCACUUUCACCACCCUGUGAAGUUUCAUCAUAAUUUAUUUAAUCUUUAGCCUAAUAAACAGCAUAGUUUAGUGAGUCGUAGUGGAAGGACCACACACCAUAUCAUCGCGUGACUACAAGUUAACUUCGAUAUGAUGGUUAUUAUAUCAAUAUUUGCGCAUAAAGGCGUUUCCACUGCCAUUUUUCAAAUAAUUAAUUUUACAGACAAAAAUAUCCCACCAUGUCAAACGAACAAAUUAUUUGUCGGUAUUUAUAAAAUGUUACCAAAACUUCCAGUUUCCAUCACAUCUGUCGUGAUUUUGUUUUAUACGGUAUGACCUUACUUGCAUAAAAACUGUGGAUGGAAACGUGGUUAAUGACAUUAAAGUUUCAGAGUUGCAUUGUAUCAAAGACCAUUACCAAAAGUUUAAAAACAAUAGUAUACAAUAACUUUCAUAAGUAGCUUAUUACAGCAGCUAGUUUGAUCCAGGUACGUUUGUACAUUUCUGUGUAACAAAGCCUUUUGACUGAUUGAUUUGAUUAUGGAGGAAAACAAAGAUGUACGCAUACUGAGAUGAUCUCACAAUCUGCUCUCUCAGAUUCCCUGUGGCUCUCCCUGUCCAGAACAUAGUGGACCAAUGCUGCCCCCUGCCAGCAGACCAGAGAACUGCAUGUGUUAAGGACGAGGUGAGUUCAACGCUUAAUAAUACAGGUUCACACAGAAAACCCCAUAUCUCAUAUUAACCAGGUUGUCCCAUUAGGAUAAAAUUAACAUGAUUGGCCAUCAAGUGUCUACAGGAUCUUAGAGUUAAGUUUGUUAUAAACUAUUUUUUUUUUUUUUAGAUUGUAGCUCUAAGCAUGUUGCAUGCCUUUUGAUAUUGUUGGUUUCAUAACUUCUCUUUGUGAACCCAGCUAGUGAUGCUGGCGUUUAGCCGCUGUAUUGAGAGGAAGCCCUCCUCCUCCACUGGCUUGCAGAAGUCCUUCCCUUCCUCCUCCAUCUGCCAGGACGCCCCUAUAUGCCUCUCCAGCCUGCUCAUGAAUGCCAUUGCCAAGGCAACCAAGUCCCCACACCUCAGAAAGAGGAAAUGCCCCCUCGCCUGAUUUUCUUUUUUUUACUCUGAUGGCAGUGGACCAAUCCGAAUUGGCGGUCAGGGGAUUUGUGCAGUAAUCACUAGAUGACCAUGCUAGAAAGGAUAUAAUUGGCUAAUGCUGAAGAACUGUUGAGCAAGUGCAUGAUUUAGUCAAACAGGGGUUAGUGUGGGUAGAAGUAAGUAUAAUGCUAGGGUUUGUGGUUAAAUAACGUAAUUUAUAGUCAAAGUGCCAUUUAUUCCAUAUUUUCUAGCAUGGCCAGAUGACAAUCAAUUAAUGUAUGCUAUCAGAGUGCACAUAAUAUACCAGUAUUACUGUCAGUGUCUGUCAUUAAGAGGGUGUUAUAAUGUUAGAACACCUGGAGAGCUGAUAUCUGCUUUACGAAUCAAAUCACUUAUUUUUAUAUUCAUGUUUCAGGUUUGUUAGUUGUAUUUUUCAUAUAGCUCCAGAACUGCUAGUCCAGUUCUCCUGUUCUAUUUCUAACAUUUGAAAUAAAUAUUUGAAGCACUGCCAGUUAUUGUAAUUUGUAGUCAUUUGACACUUGCACAACAUUGAAAAUGUCAAAUUAUUAUUUGAAUAAACUGUGAAAUGUUGAUAGAAGUUAACUUUAUGUAAUAGUGACUGUUUGACUGACAUUUAUCCACC